UGCCCCAGGGCCGAGCCCUUUUUCUGACUGACCCCGCUUCGCGAGCAAACGCCUGCUCCGUGACGUCACAGCCCUGCCCAUCCCCUCAGCUUGAUGUCAUCUGGAGUCCCUCUCCCUGUUUCACUUCGUACUUCCUUGGUGUCCUACUCACCUGGCCCAUUGCUGAGCUCUGUGGCACUGCACAGAACUUGCCAAACUAGAUUUGCUGUGGGAAACUCCUAGGACUUUUUUCGCAAACUCUGGGGUGUUGCGAAGCUUGAUAAUCACCGCCUCCAAGUCUAGUCUGUCAUCCCGCCGCACUGUCAGUUGCUGUCCUUGCACGGCUCCCCAUUCGGAGUUCCUAACUCCAACCCUAGAACCCAGCAGUGAUGUGGAGGUGGAGACCCACAGGAGCCCCGGACUUCACCUGAGCUACCUCAGUGGUCACCAAGGGUGGCAAGAAAAGGAAGAAAGCCCUGAGUUAGGAGGGACCAGGAUGCCUGAACGGGACAGCUAUGCCAACGGCACUGGGAGCAGCGGUGGAGGCCCUGGAAGCGGUGGCAGCGAGGAGGCCAGUGGGACAGGGGCAGGCAGUGGCGGGGCCAGCUCAGAUGCCAUCUGUAGAGACUUCCUGAGGAAUGUGUGCAAGCGAGGCAAGCGUUGUCGCUAUCGCCACCCAGACAUGAGUGAGGUAUCCAACUUGGGGGUAAGCAAAAAUGAGUUCAUCUUCUGCCAUGACUUCCAGAACAAGGAAUGUAGUCGCCCAAACUGCCGAUUCAUCCAUGGCUCCAAGGAGGAUGAGGACGGCUAUAAGAAGACAGGAGAGCUUCCCCCUCGGCUGAGGCAGAAAGUGGCAGCUGGCCUGGGCCUUUCUCCAGCUGACCUACCAAAUGGCAAGGAGGAGGUCCCUAUCUGCCGGGACUUUCUCAAGGGUGACUGUCAAAGAGGAGCCAAGUGCAAGUUCCGUCACCUACAACGGGACUUUGAGUUUGAUGCUCGGGGCGGAGGAGGCACCGGUGGUGGGGGCUCAACAGGCCCAGUCCCCCCAGGACGACGUCAUGACCUCUAUGAUAUUUACGACCUCCCUGACAGGGGCUUUGAGGACCAUGAGCCAGGCCCCAAGCGCCGGCGAGGUGGAUGCUGCCCCCCAGAUGGCCCCCAUUUUGAAUCGUAUGACUAUAGCCUAGCUCCACCCCGAGGGGUGGAGUGCAGACUGCUAGAGGAGGAGAAUGCCAUGCUCAGGAAGCGGGUAGAGGAGCUAAAGAAGCAGGUCAGCAACCUUCUGGCUACCAAUGAGGUACUCCUGGAACAAAAUGCCCAGUUCCGAAAUCAGGCCAAGGUCAUGACCCUGAGCUCCACUGCACCAGCGACUGAGCAGACUCUGGCCCCUACUGUGGGCACUGUUGCCACUUUUAACCAUGGCAUUGCCCAGACUCACACUACUCUCAGCAGCCAGGCUUUACAGCCUCGCCCCGUGUCUCAGCAAGAACUGGUGGCCCCCGCUGGAGCUCCAGCUGCUCCCCCAACUAAUGCUGCACCUCCUGCUGCUCCACCACCCCCACCCCCACACUUGAACCCAGAGAUCACACCACUGUCAGCAGCUCUGGCUCAAACAAUUGCCCAGGGAAUGGCACCCCCACCUGUCUCCAUGGCUCCUGUGGCUGUAUCUGUGGCCCCUGUGGCCGUAUCGAUGGCCCAGCCCCUGGCAGGAAUCACAAUGAGCCACACCACCACUCCCAUGGUGACUUAUCCCAUCGCUUCCCAGAGCAUGCGUAUCACAGCAAUGCCACACUGAUGGGGCUAAUGGACACUCCCCUGGUAUAGCAUCCCAGGGCUGGGGUCGAGGGGCCCUUUCCCAUCCACUCGCCUAGCUCUCUCAAGCCCUGUCUGAAGGGCUCAUUCAAGAACUAGGACAAGAGACUACAAGGAGUUUGCUUCUGAGAAGGGGUUGAGCUGGUGGGUUUUCUCUCACCUCCCUUUUAUGAGGGUCCUCUUGUCCAUCUUCCUUCAAGCCUCACAGAGGGGGCUUGCAUAGGAGUGCAGACUGAAGCCAGCAGAGAGGAAGGACUGAUUGAGGGGCUGUAUGUCCCCUGAUGGGAAGUUGGGGACAUACCUGGUCUUGUCCUCUCUUCUGCACAGCACAGGUUCCAGCACUGGCUUUGGAAGAAAAAAAUAUCCCACCCAGAGGGAAAGCCAGGAAAGAUUGGGAAGUGGGUGACCAGGAGCUUAGAAGGCCUGAUAGGAGCCUUCAGACAAUUUGGGACCCAGUUAAGUUGGACAAUACAGGAACUGCUCCUGGGCCCGUGGGAAGGCGGGGACCAUAGUACUCCAGCCCAAAGACUAGGGGAGCAUUCAUGACCUUGGCUUGGCCUGGAAAUCCAUAAGGCAGGGCCCACCACUUUCCAAAGAAAUAAAAAAACAAUUAUUUUUAACAAACGGAGGCAGUGAAAACUUGCUUAGAUAUCCUGUGUGGAAGAUGGGAGCAGUAAAUAGAUGUCAUGCCAAAAUGGGAUAAAGACUCCAUGCUCACAGAACUUGAAUAAGGUGGGACGCAGGCCAGUGAAGAAGGGUAGGGACCCAGAACAAGACCAAAUGGGACUUUGGGGAAGGCACUUUGUGGGGUAAAAGCAUUGGAGCCACUUAGUCUAGUUUAAAAAUAGUCCCAUCUGUUCUGGUUUCUAUCUGCAUGUACUGUUCCCAGGUUGCCUUAGUAACCAGGGCUCCUAGGGUCAUUUAGGGAGACAGGUACUAAGGAGGGUGGAUGUGCUGGGAAACGGAAAUGGGAUAUGUAUUGACAGAUCUUUCCCUUAUUCAAAUAGAGCAGGGUGGUGGCGGUUACUCUGUUAGUUAUUGAUGGCAGUUCAUGCCCUUCCUAUCCCAUCCAUUCCUCAGUUACGAAUGCCUUAAGGCUUCAAGGCUUGGGAGGUGCUGAGAAAAGGAGAGUUCUGGGACACGAUUCUCAGGGUUCAUCCCUUUUUUCCCUCUGCUUCCACAUAGGACCACAGAGGUUUUAAACCCAAUUAAGAAUCAGUAAGGCUGAGGGUCCCAAUAGCCAAACCUCAGUUCCUCAGUUCAUGGCUGAUAUAGGGGAAACAAUUCAGCUGUCUACUCUAAUGGGACAGUGGAUUUGGGGGUAGAGAAAGUGACCCUGGGUUGUUCUCCCCCCAAUAUAUCUCUUGCUACCUCCUGUUCUCAUGUCCGGUUAAUCACUCAGGUUAUACCUGGAUUUGGAAGAUGAUGGGCUAGGUCAAGGCCGGUCGGAAAAAAAGGGUCUAAAGACUAAAAAUGGGCAAAUACUGAAAUAUUAUUUGUGCAUUUUUUAGAAACCACACCUUGAUAAGCUAACUGUUGGUUUUCUGGCACAAUUCUGGAUUAUUAAAAGAGAGAGUUUAUGAGCA